AUGGAUAUCGGUACAGACCAAGGGUUGCCUUCUACUUUUGAUGGUUCGAGUUUUUCUGUGUUUUGGAAGAGGAGGGACGGGGUUUUGGUGACUCGAUCAGCUAAAGUGAUUCAGUCUGUAGCUGAAUAUGAUGAGAAGUUGACUUAUACUUGCUCGGUUUACGGCAGUAGGAGUGGACCUCACCAUUCUGCAAAGUAUGAAGCGAAGCACUUUUUGCUAUAUGCUUCUCUUCUCAGUGCACCGGAGCUUGAUUUGGGGAAGCACCAAGUUGAUCUCACGAGGUUGCUUCCUCUUACUCUGGAGGAGCUUGAGGAGGAGAAGAGCUCGGGUAAGUGGACUACUAGUUUCAGGUUAUCAGGAAAGGCUAAGGGUGCUGUGAUGAAUGUCAGUUUUGGGUAUAUGGUUGUUGGUGAUAACGCCAGCACGACCAAAGAUGGUCAUAAUGCUCCUAAUGUAUUGACUUCGAGGCAGAGUGGUAGUCUUCCAUUGACGAAACCAGAUGUUAAACAGAGACAGUAUGAUGGAAGCAGCAGUGUGAGGCGUGCUGGAAGUUUUCACGGUGCUUUACCCGUAGACGCUUCUCAAGGUAAAAACCUUAGCAGACUGUACUCGUCUCAAGCUGUAGAGUCGGUAAAGGAUCUUCAUGAGGUGUUGCCAUCUUCUAAGUCUGCACUAGCCAGCUCAAUAGGCGUCUUAUAUAAGAAAUUUGACGAGGAAAAAGAAAGCAGAUCGGUGGACAACAAACCUGAUCCUGAUUUGUCAAAAGAAAAUAUUGAGCUAAUUAAACCAGAUGCGUGUGCUUCAUCUGAUAUUGAAAAAGAAAUGCAGGAAGUGCAUGUAGAUAACGAUGGAAAUACAUCUCCAGUGCUUGACACACCUGAACUCGAUGUAUUUCAUGAAAACCUAGAGAUAGAUAAACAAGAUGGCUAUCUUUUACUUGAUUCUGAAAAAGAAAACCCUGAAGACUGUCAAGAUAAGGAUUUUUCUGUCGUUGAUAAGGGUAUAGAAAUCUCACCAAUUGAACCCGUUAAAGUAGAGGAAUCAUUCACAGAGGCUUCUGAAGAUGCUUCUACAGUUGAUAGUUCUCUUAUCCUAGAUACUGCAGGUUUACAAGUUUCUUCCGAAGAUAGUUUUAUACAUGAUUCUCUUCAUGAGGCAAAUGACGGUUGUAAGGAUCACACGGUGGCCGAUGAAUCUGCUUACGAAGAUGAUGAUUUAUUCACAAAUGAACUGCUGCAAGAAUUAGAAGCUGCUAUAAAUAGUGUCUCAGAUUUGGAGACGGUGGCUCUAGAAUCUCCAAAAAAAUUGGAAUUCAGAACUGAAUAUAAGAUGAGAAAGACAGAUAGCUUAGACGAUGUUACAGAAUCGGUUGCAAAUGAAUUUUUAAGCAUGCUAGACAUAGACCAUAGUUCAGCGGGCUCAAAUUCUGGAAACGAGCCCGAGUCUCCGAGAGAGCUUCUGUUAAGACAAUUUGAGAAGGAAUCACUGGGUGGUGGCUUCUCUUUAUUUGAUUUUGAUAUGGACUGUGACAACGAAGCUGGUGAUGACUAUGAUGCCUCUACUGGAUCUGAGCAGUUGAACUCCUUAUGGUGA